AUGGCCGAAGAUGGCCAGAAUCGAGGUCAAGCAUUCGAAACAGAACUACCUGCGCUGGCCAGUAAUUCCAGUAGCAGUGGAGAUCAGGAGAAAGUUGACAAGUCCAAGACGGUGCCAUUCUUCAAGCUUUUUACAUUUGCAGACAGAACGGACCUGUGGCUGAUGAUUGCCGGGAUAGUUGGUUCCAUAGGGAACGGUAUGACGAUGCCUCUCAUGACUGUACUGUUCGGUGAACUCAUUGAUUCCUUUGGACAGAAUCAAAGUGAUCAAGCAAAUAUAGUUACCGUCGUCUCCAAAGUAUCUUUAAAAUUUGUCUAUUUGGCUCUUGGAGCUGGAGGAGCAGCAUUUCUUCAAGUAGCUUGUUGGAUGGUGACCGGAGAAAGACAAGCGGCGAGAAUUAGAAACCUGUAUCUAAAAGCCAUUCUAAGACAAGACGUGGCUUUCUUUGAUACAGAGACAAAUACAGGUGAAGUUGUUGGUAGAAUGUCUGGAGAUACUGUUCUUAUUCAAGAAGCCAUGGGAGAGAAGGUUGGAAAAUUUAUACAACUAAUUUCUACAUUCGUGGGAGGUUUUGUAAUUGCAUUAAUCAAGGGUUGGCUUCUAACUCUAGUUCUGUUAACUUGCAUUCCUUUGCUUGUGAUAACCGGUGCUGCCAUGGCCAUUGUCAUUGGAAAAAUGGCUUCUAAAGGGCAAACUGCAUAUGGAAAAGCUGCAACUUUGGUUGAACAGACAAUUGGCUCCAUUAGAACAGUUGCAUCAUUCACUGGGGAGAAUCAAGCCAUAGCUAGAUACAACACAUCCCUUCAAACGGCCUAUGACUCUGGUGUUCACGAAGGUUUAGCCGCAGGGUUCGGUUUAGGGUCGCUCAUGCUAAUGAUAUUCUGUAGUUAUGCUUUGGCUGUAUGGUAUGGUGGGAAGCUAAUCAUAGAAAAAGGGUAUACUGGUGGUGAUGUUCUUAAUGUCAUUAUUGCAGUCUUAACCGGGUCAAUGUCGCUUGGGCAGUCAUCUCCCUGCAUUAGUGCAUUUUCAGCAGGUCAAGCUGCUGCAUACAAGCUGUUCGAGACAAUAAACAGAAAGCCUGAGAUUGACCCAUACGAGGAGAAAGGGAAAAUAUUGAAUGAUAUUCGUGGUGAUAUUGAAUUGAAAAAUGUAUAUUUCAACUAUCCUGCCAGGCCAGAUGAGACGAUAUUUAGCGGAUUCUCCCUUGUCAUCCCUUGUGGAACUAGGAUGGCUUUGGUUGGGCAAAGUGGGAGUGGUAAAUCAACUGUGAUUAGUCUAAUAGAGAGGUUUUAUGAUCCAAUGGAGGGUGAAGUACUUAUUGAUGGCAUUAACCUCAAAGAAUAUCAACUUAAAUGGAUUCGUCAGAGAAUCGGUCUUGUGAGCCAAGAACCAGUUUUGUUCACAUCCAGUAUUAUGGAUAAUAUUGCAUAUGGGAAAGAAAACGCAACACUAGAAGAGAUUAAAGAGGCAGCUCAGUUAGCAAACGCGGCAAAGUUCAUUGACAAAUUACCUCAGGGGUUAGACACAAUGGUGGGUGAGCAUGGAACUGCACUAUCUGGUGGCCAGAAGCAAAGAAUUGCCAUAGCCAGGGCAAUUCUAAAGAACCCACGAAUCUUACUGCUCGAUGAAGCGACUAGUGCGCUCGAUGCAGAAUCCGAGAGGGUUGUACAAGAGGCUCUAGAUAGAAUCAUGGGUAACCGAACUACUGUUAUUGUCGCCCAUCGUUUAACCACUGUGAGAAACGCCAACACGAUUGCAGUCAUUCACAGAGGAAAAAUCGCAGAAAAAGGCUCACAUUCUGAAUUGCUGAGAGAUCCAGAAGGAGCAUAUUCACAACUGAUAAAAUUGCAAGAAGUGAAUAAAGAUUCAGAAAGAGACGUUGAUCAUGACAAAACCGAGCUUAUUAGAGCUCCCAGCAGACGGUUGUCAAGAAGAAGCAGCAGUGACCCUCAUUUCGCCUCAUUUGGUAUCCCUGUUGGGCUCAUUGUUCCCGAAACAACUUUAACAGAAGGUGAGGCUGCCCCUAAAACAGAAAAACCUCCAACAGUCCCACUUAGUCGCCUUGCUCGUCUCAACAAACCAGAAAUUCCAGUUCUAUUAGCUGGAACUCUAGCUGCAAUCGUCAAUGGUUCCAUCCUCCCAGUCUUUGGAUUACUGAUUUCCGUCGUGAUCAAGUCGUUUUUCGAGCCUCCAAACGAGUUACGAAGGGAUACUAGAUCCUGGGCAAUUAUUUUUGUUGCUCUUGGAUUUACAUCAUUCUUGGCAUAUCCAACAAGAACAUAUUUAUUCUCAAUUGCUGGUAAUAAGUUGAUAAAGAGGAUCAGGUCAAUGUGUUUCGAAAAGGUAGUCAACAUGGAGGUAAGCUGGUUUGAUCAGCCUGAGAACUCGAGCGGGGCCAUUGGUGCUAGACUCUCUGCAGAUGCUGCCACUAUCAGAGCAUUGGUUGGAGACGCGCUUGCUCAGAUCGUUCAGGAUAGCUCAUCAGCUGUUGCUGGUUUGUUGAUCGCGUUUCUAGCAAGUUGGGAAUUGGCUCUCGUCAUCCUCGCAUUGUUGCCUUUAUUAAUGAUUAGUGGAUUGAUUCAAGUGAAGUUCAUGAAAGGGUUUGCUGCUGAUGCAAAGGUGAUGUAUGAGGAAGCAAGCCAAGUUGCAACAGAUGCAGUUGGGAGCAUGAGAACUGUGGCUUCUUAUUCUGCUGAGGAAAAAAUAAUGGAAACGUACAAUGAGAAAUGUGAGGGACCUAGGAAGAAUGGGAUAAGGCAAGGUUUGGUUAGUGGAGUAGGUUUUGGGAUAUCUUUCACUUUGUUGUACUUAGUCUAUGCACUAAGCUUUUAUGCCGGAGCACUUCUUGUUAAAGCUGGUCGGAUAACUUUCUCAGACGUGUUCAGAGUUUUCUUUGCACUGACAAUGGCAGCCAUGGGAAUUUCUCAGUCGAGCUCGUUAGCUCCGGAUUCCACCAAAGCUAAGACAGCUGCGAGUUCGAUAUUUGCCAUUCUUGACAGGAAAUCAGAGAUAGACCCAAGUAAUGAGUCUGGUAUGAUCCUAGAUGAGGUAAAGGGUGAGAUCGAGCUAAGACAUAUAAGCUUCAAGUACCCAACUAGGCCAGAUAUCCAUAUCUUUCGCGAUCUCUGCUUGACCAUUCACAGUGGCAAGACGGUGGCUUUAGUCGGAGAAAGUGGAAGUGGGAAGUCAACCGUGAUUGCUUUAUUGGAAAGAUUCUACGACCCUAAUUCCGGUCAAAUUACACUAGAUGGGGUAGACAUACAGAGGCUUAAAUUGAAGUGGCUAAGGCAGCAAAUGGGGUUGGUGGGUCAAGAACCAGUCCUUUUCAACGACACAAUUCGCACCAACAUAGCUUAUGGAAAAGGAGGGGAUGCAACAGAGUCAGAAAUUUUAUCAGCAUCUCAAUUGGCAAAUGCCCACAAGUUCAUCAGCGGAUUAAACCAGGGUUACGACACGAUGGUGGGAGAGAGAGGAAUUCAGAUGUCCGGUGGACAAAAGCAAAGAGUGGCAAUCGCCCGAGCUAUAGUGAAGGAUCCUAAGAUAUUGUUGCUUGAUGAAGCAACAAGUGCCCUCGACGCAGAGUCAGAGAGGGUGGUCCAAGAUGCCUUGGACCGUGUGAUGGUGAACCGAACAACAGUUGUAGUAGCCCAUCGCUUGUCCACAAUCAAGAAUGCAGAUGUGAUUGCGGUUGUAAAGAAUGGUGUCAUCGUGGAGAAGGGAAGCCACGAUACACUUAUCCACAUCAAUGAUGGCGUUUACGCUUCUUUGGUAGCCCUUCACAUGAGUACUUCAUCCUAAG